AACCUGCAUAGCACACAGCCAACAGCACCUGCCUUGUUCUAGUCAUGAUAUGUAAUGUUUGUGGUUUAGUUUCAUUUGGAUUUUAACUCAGGAGGAGUGAUGCUGCCUGAAAAUGAAGAGAAAGUCAUGAAAGCUCCCGGAUAUUGUUCAGACAGAGUUUCAUGUCGGCACAUGUUUGCUCCCUCUGCCAGAGUGAACAGGCCUGGCUCUCGUCUUAGAUGUCUACACUGCUCACAGAUACUCCUGCUUCUUGUCUUCCUGGCAGGUCAACCUCACUGCCAGGCCUCUGCUGCUCCUUCCAGUCUUCCUGUUCCUGCAACACUUGCACAAACCUCAGUAUACUACUUUAUUGACGUCACUGUGGAUGUCACUGAACAGACGACAAAUGAAGCAGAAGUUAUUGUCUGGCUGGACCAGGUGUUUCAAAACACGCUGGAGAACUGUAUGUCUCCAAACCCUGACAAAACAACAGCCGCACCCACCUCUCCACAAACUACGCCUACGAGCACCUUAAACGAAACAACACCUGCAAUGGCGGUAACAACAACACUGCAAAUUUUUAACAUGACAACAGCUGUUACAACUACAAUGCUACAAAACUACAGCACAACUGCAGAAGGCAACACCACAACUACAGUGGCAACUUCUACAGUGCCACAAAACACCAAUGCAGCUAUAGCUGCAACAACAGCAUCACAAAGCACCAGUGCAACUACAGCUACAACAACAACAUCACAAAGCACCAGUGCAACUACAGCUACAACAACAACAUCACAAAGCACCAGUACAAACAGUGCUACAACAAAUGUCAUCACCACAGCAACUGCACCGCCACCACCACCACGGAAUACAAGCGGGCUACGUGCAGUCCGUCAAGUCAGUGGCAGUUUGACACAAAGCAGUGGGAUCAGACAUAGUAGAACAGUCAGCCUGUUUCAAGGAAUGGAAGUGUCAUGCAACAUAAAAACUGCAAUAAGGAACACCACAUGUUCUGUGAUGCUGUGGCUGAGUCAGACAGUUCUUCCAUGUUGUAUCCUCCAUACUCUCUGUAAGGCCACUAAAAACUCCACUAACAUCCAUGUGGUGGGAAACAGGAUCGAUAAACUGAAUCAGCUUAAAAAUGAGUGCAACAGCAACCUAGAAGAGGUGAACAGUUGCAUCUAUUCUGGCCUGGGCAGUACAUCAUGCAUAGAGUCUGGAACUGCAUAUGUGGUUCCACAAAGCAACACAACUACCUGUGGCAACAAGAACUGCAGCUGCUCUGCUUAUUGCAAUGGAUCUGAUGCAUACUACAGUUUUGACAUUUCAAUACGACAUCCCAACAUCACCUCUUCAUAUGUCUCCUCUGUGAUUUCUGAGGUGAAACAAGCACCACUUUGCCCGCCACGUGCAGAUGUUCCAUGUCCACUGGCUAUCAUUGCAUCUGAAUACAAGAAUCUCACUGUUGUCUGUGGAGUCACAGCACAAAACGCUCUACGCUGCGGGGUGAUUUUAGGAUUUGCCCGUGAAGUUCCUAUCUGGUCUGUGGCAACAGCUGUGAAGAAUGUGCUUCAGUCUGAGAAACAAAUCCAUUUUAAUGGGCGAGUGAGCCGAGCAGCGAUUUGUGGAGAUUUAGAAGCCGGCGAUGAUCUGCUGCAAUCCCAGUUCACUGGUUUAUUGAUCGCCAUUAACCUAACACCUGCUAACUUUUGUACAGAAAUCCAAGCGAGUAACAGCCUCCCUUGUCAAAAUGGAAAAAGUCUCGUUGUGCUGCUGCAGGAACAGUGUGUUGUCCAGGCUGGGUUCACCACAAUCAGUCCAAAUGUGACAACCAUACAACCAAACAACACGACUACAGCACAACAGAACACAACAGAAGUCUUGAAUACCACCCCAUCAGAAAGUCCAACAACCACUGAAAUAGACGCUGAAGACCGAGCCAACGCCCUGCUGGAGCUGAGUAGAAACGCGUCUCAGCUGAACUCCAGUCAGGUGGAUCAGCUGGUGUCUGAGCUGGAGGACCUUUUGUCGGGUCCAACUGUGAGCCUGGUGCUGGGAAACAUCUCCGUCAAUAUCGUCAGUAAUCUGUUGGAUGCUUCACCGGAGACGCUGUCAAGUUCUUCCAACAGGAUUAUAGGGAUUGUUGAUACAGUGGGGUUAAAGCUGGUCUUGGGAGAAAAUGCUGAGACUCUGCUGUCCCCGGCUGUGGCUCUUUCUGUGAAACCAGCAGAUGGCGAUAACUUUCAGGAAACAGUUUUUUCCAUCUCAGACCCCGCGAAUGUACAGGUCCGUGGGGCUCCUAGGCUGAGGAGGAGUGUGAAAACAGACUCCUCCAUCCCUCAAGGCUCCAUCAGGCUGCCCCCCUCCCUCACCCAGGACCUGACCCCCCAGGAACAGCAGCUGGUCUCCAGAGUCCAGUUCAAUUUCUACCAGAAGAGCACAGUGUUCCAGGACCAAUCCUUGGGAGAACGCAGACUGAAUAGUGGGAUUCUGGGAGCAAGUGUGACCAACCUGUCAAUCACAGAACUGCAAGACGAUGUGGUUAUUCGCCUGAGACACACAGAGCCUAUUCCAGGAAACUAUGUGGCAACGUGCGUUUUCUGGGACUUCACAUUUAAUAACGGAGCAGGUGGUUGGAAUUCAAGUGGCUGUUCUGUCCAAAACAGCACCGAAAACGAGACAGUUUGUGGCUGUGACCAUUUAACCAGUUUUGCUAUCCUUCUGGACCUCUCCAGACAGCCUCUGACCAGUGGUGAUCAGGUCACCAUCCUCACCUUUAUCACUUACAUCGGCUGUGGAAUCUCCGCCAUCUUCCUGUCCGUCACCCUCCUCACCUACUUGUCCUUUGGGAAACUUCGUAAGGACAUUCCAUCUAAAAUCCUGAUCCAGCUGUGCCUGGCCCUGCUGCUGCUGAACCUGGUCUUCCUGGUGGACGCCUGGCUGGCUCUCUAUCCAGACUCUGUGGGCCUUUGCAUUUCCACUGCCUGGUUCCUUCACUACUUCCUGCUGGUUGCCUUCACCUGGAUGGGACUGGAGGCCGUCCACAUGUACCUGGCUCUGGUGAAAGUCUUCAACAGCUACAUAUCACGCUACAUGCUGAAGUUCUCGCUGGUCGGCUGGGGCGUCCCCAUGAUCGUGGUCAUUAUUGUCAUUGCAAUUGACAAAGACAACUAUGGUCUUGUCUCCUAUGGAAGGUCUUCUGAUGGCACGAGCAAUGAGUUUUGCUGGCUGAAGAAUGACAUCGCCUUCUACGUGGCAGUGGUGGCCUAUUUCUGCGUCAUCUUUCUCUUCAACUUCGUCAUGUUCAUCGUAGUGUUGGUCCAGCUGUGCCGGAUAAAAAGGCAGAACCCUCACAAUGUUCAGCACCGGACCACGCUGCAGGAUGUGCGCAGCAUGGCGGGAAUAAGCAUCCUGCUGGGCCUCACUUGGGGCUUCGCUUUUUUUGCGUGGGGGCCGGUUAACCUCGCUUUCAUGUCCCUCUUUACCAUCUUUAACUCCUUGCAAGGUUUCUUUAUAUUCGUAUUCCACUGUGCAGUGAAGGAAAAUGUGAGGCGGCAGUGGAGGACCUACCUCUGCUGUGGCAGAAUGAGACUAGCAGAGAACUCAGAAUGGAGUCGCACUGCAACACAGAAGACUGUGAAGAAAUCAUCACUGAGCAAACUAACAUCUCUUCAUUCCUCAAAUUCCUCCAAUUCCAACAAGUACAACAAUUCGACCAGCUCCUCUACUUUCCUUUUCAGCGAGUCUUCAGAGGCGACUCAUGGCAUUGGGAGCCCGUUUGACGACAGAGUAAUCACAGGAGAUGAACAACCCAGUAUGGACGUGGUCCUCAACGAGAUCAACAGCCAGUACAGAAACUCACAACCAUCCUGAUCCAAAAACAAUAUCACAGUAUGUUUAGUGGCGUAUAUAUCCUCUAUGAGCCUGUAGGAUGUACUGUGUUAGUUAAAUGUUUUGGAAUCGCCAAUCCUAAAAUAAAAAUGAAGCUUGAUUUUUUUUUUUUUUUACCUUCUACCUAUAUCCUUGUAUUCAUUGUUUUUACAGUGGACCUGUAUAGUCUUCAUUCGUUGUACAGAGAUGUUAUCUUUAUAGGUUUUUAUAUGCCAGAAGCAAAUUGCAUGAACUGAUGUUUAACAAGCCAAAUGACUGGUGAAAGUCCAGUCCAGCAUGUUAGACUGAUGUUAUUAUAGCAGGAGAAAUAUGGUCAAGCCCAAUGUAUGCUGCACAUAAGUCUACAUUUCUAAUAACAGACUUUCACUUUUAAAGCCAAGUGUUGCAAUUUCUUCAUGUUUUGAGAGAUUAUUGGAAGCUGACAGACAGGCUGCAACUACAAAACAGAGCUCCAUAAAUAUCUCAAAUAAAAAAGAAAAAACAUCCUUUUAUUGCCUCGAAGUGGAAACUAAGGGCCAAAUAUCGUAUUUUGUUUUGCAAAAGUUUUGACGACAGAAAUGUUCGAAGGAAUUAUCCUGUAGAUGAUCAUAGUUUAUAGGAGCUAGCGUUUAGCAUGUCAGCAUGCUGGUAUUACUGAUUGACAGUAAUUAAUGGUUCAUCUUAAGGGGCAACUUGAUUUCUGUUAAACGCACAUCCAUCAAUUAUUUAUAAUGUUUGAUGCAAGAUUUUAAAAAAAACAAACAAACAUCCUGCUUAUUAUUAUUGGAAGACCAUAGUACUGGCUGACACUUGAAAUACAAAGUCCCGGAUAAACAUGUUCAUUCAUCUAUCUAUAAAGGAUGUGAAAAAAUAAAAUCAGUCAAAUUAGACAAACAGCCAAAGCAUUUUCCCCCAACACACUUUAAUUGUAGAUGGUCACAAAAUUAUCUCAAGUAGGACAGAACAGCAUUUGGUGAAAUUAAAAUGAAUAAAUAAAUGUCCCACAGGGUCGAUCAAAUGUGCUGUGAACUGUAUAUGCAAGCUACAUUCACUGUCCUUUACAUGCACCUAAUAUAGUCUUAAAAAACUUAAAGUAUAUCAGGAGAAACCAAAGGUGCAAAUAAAACAUGACAUAAAAACAGCACAAGCACAGAAGGUGGCAUUAAUGUGGAGGAAUUGUUUCCCUUUUAAAACACAUUUGGACUCAAACACUUCAGUCUCUCUGGGCCUGAUCAUAUUGCCUCCAUUCAACCUGAAAGAAUCAGAUCAAAUUUGAGUGCCAGUAACAAAAAUAAAGCUUUAUGAAGCUUAAAAGCGACUCAGUCCAGGUAGGCUGUGCCUAGGCAUCACACGAUUUGAGCUCAAAACUCAAGAUCAAAGAAAAAAAAAAGAGAACACACGCCUAUGGUAAGAUGAGUCACACCAUAUUAUCAGUGUAUCAAAUCAGUGUUUCAACAUCUAACAGUUCCUCCAGAGGACAUGCAAAUGGACAUUUCAAAUCAAGUAACAUAAAUGUAAUACAACUGAGCAGUUGUAGCAAACAAUGGAAAAACACAACUAAAACACAGGAGGGAAGAGAGGUGGAAUGGGGAUAGUAGAGGGGAUGAUAAAACUGUCAGUGUUCCCCUUAAGAUGUGCUCAGACUGAAUUUGAAGUGACUCUUUGUGCUGAUUAUUUCAAACCAACACGGGUGAAUUAAGUCGGAGUGUUUUGCAGUCCAUGAAACAGCUGAUUACAGCGCUGUUGCUUCCAGUGGUCAGUCAGCUGUAGCUCACUAAUACUGGACACAGGCUGCCAAGCGUGACGAGGAGUGUGCCUGUGCAAGUAUCAACAACUCAGACUCAGAAACUGUUUUAGAUUAAAGAUUUCCUUCUUAAAAUUUAAAUCCCCCAUAAUAACGAAUUCAUCUCAACUUUUUGUUGCCUCUAAUUUUCAUGGGACGUUCAGUCUGAGCACACUUUUUUAGGGCUACAGGAGAAAGGAGAGGAGCAUUCACAUUCCAGCUGCUGGGAAUUAAAGCAGAGAAAACUGCAUGUCUUUACUUCUUCCAUGCUGUGUAGAAGACCCAUCUGAUACAGUACAGUUAAGGAGUACACACAACAAAACAUGACAGAUUACUGCUUUGUCCCAAAUUAGGAAUGUAGGAACAAAUUAAUCUGAUGAAUAUUUUUAGUUCUCACAGUCUGCAUCUAGAUCAAAUGGCAAGUUGGUCAAGAUUAGAUGAAUUCAACACAUUAUGGAGACGAAUGUUUUCCAAUUAGAAAUAAAUCAUGAAGGUAAAUUAUCAGUUGUGUUAAAUAUAUGGGUGUAACUACAGAUUAUUCACAGUGAUCCUGUCCCUUGAUGAAUGUAAUUUAAAAGUGGCUUAUUGCUGUAUCGUUAACACUUUUGUUAUUCUGAAGUGAACUGCUGGAGAAAGUGUUGUGUGUUGCUGCUCCUAAGCCAUCAUAUUAACAUUACACCUGAGAACCUGCUAUCAGCUCCUAAAUGGUAGACACAGAAGAUGUUUCAUUUUCUCCACUACUCAGUUUCUGCAAGUCGUGUAAAUGUAAGAAUAUGUCUGAAACAUACUGUCUACCUCGUGUUUACCUCAGUUUUUUCCUUGUGUUGUAAUUACGAGUUCUGGGGUCGACUGAUGUAACUGACUGCAUCCGAUCAGUGCCAUUGUUUCCACUUGGUUCUAAAGUAUUUUAACUAUCUUGAAUGCCUUAAACUUAAAUGUAUGUUGCCUAAAAGUUAUAAGUGAAGUGACUAAAUGCUUACAAUGGAACAACAAUGCUUGAUGAGGCAAAAAAAAAAAAAAAAACACCUUCAGGUAGUCAGAUAUUGUAAUGAUCACAGCAAUUACCCGUCGAGUACAAGGUUAUUAUUACCACUAGAAAUAAGAGCCAGAGCUACUAAAAUAAGCUACAAACUGCAAUAAAAACACUUCUAAGGUGGUUAUUUUUGUCAGCUGUGCUGUGGUCUGUGAUCUACAUUUGAUCAUCAUCAUUUGCAGCUGAUAAAAGGAUACUGCUCCAAGUAGGAGGGCACACACACCACCUCUUUGCAGAAGCCCACGGGACACGAGAGCUUUUCCAGCUGGUCCUCAUACAGACUCAGUGCCUCUGUCAGAUUCGCACUGUUCCCCUGAUGAUUGUUAGCAGAAAAAAAUGUCAUGAAACACACCUGCUACUGGUUUUUUUUCCUGCUGUUACGGGAAGGUUGUAAGUGGAACUUGUGUGUUCCAGUGCGUCUUGUUAGCUGCUCUCCCAUACUAUGAAAUAUUCCUGUUUGUGUAUUUAAAACUAAGCUUUACAACAUCAAAAUGUUAGCGCUUCAAACUGUUUCAUUCUUCCUAUCAAAUAAGACAGUCAUUCUAUCUCUAACCAAUAUUCAAAUGACUGUGUCGUGCUUCCUAUAGCUUUAUUUCCACCUUUAUUUCAAGCCCAAAUUACAAGUUAUAAGAAGAAAUGCAUCAAAUAAAGGCAGCAGGAUAUUCUGGAAAUGCAGUUUCUCUUGGUGUCAAGUCAAACGGGGAGAAGCUGAAACCUCAUAGAAAGAAGAAGCUGAAAUCUGAUAGAAAGAAGAAGCAUUCACACAGGUGCUACACUCAGCUGGGGCGGAACCAAUCUGCGGCUGCAGGUUUGCUACCUGCGGCAUAAAAAGGGACACACGCAGCACGGAGGAGAAAGGAGAAUGAAUGAGCUCCUCAAACAAAGUGGCUGUGAGCGUGAGGAUCUGCGGCAAACUGUGCAGGACUGCUUCAUCUACAGAAAUCCGGGGAGCAGUCGGUAAGAGCAGAAUCAUGAAAGAUCUAGGAGACUGUUUAACCUGCCGAUGUGAGCCGCUGCAGAACGUGUUAGCAUUAGCAUUAGCCACGGAGAUCUGCGUCAGUCACGAGCGGCUGGUUGUUAACUUUCUUAUAUCUGUAUGCCAUUUAUUGCUGUGUGUUUGUAAUUGCUCAGUUGAAAAUAAGAUUGCAGGCUAAUUGGUGCUAAUUAGAGGUUUUCCAGCUAAGGUUAAAAGACCAGUUAAUUCAUUCUGUUUGUAAUGGUGAGUUUGUACUAUGCACUUUAUUCUAUUUGUUAUUUAUUGGAUCUGGAACGGAAUGCACUUUAAAAGUCACUUUAUGCACUUUAAAUAAUUUUAAAAAUAUGAUUUAAAAAGUAUAUAAAUAGUUUUAAAAGUCUGAUAGAAAUGUUGAGUAAAAUUUGUUAAAAUGUGAGUAAAAUCAACUCUUUAAAAUGCAGGUAAAAUUAUAUGCGGCAUAGGAUUUGUUGAAAAUUGGUCAUGCCAUGGUUUGUUGCUUCAGUUAUUUGAUGUUGAGGUUAACAAACAUAAAUUGAGCUGCAUUUACUAAUGAGGUGAAAUUGUACAUGGGGAACGGCUGUUACUAUCUGCCGAAUGCAAUAUUGUGAACAUUGUUCUUUUGUGUUUUGUUUAAAGGUUUUUCACCUAACCCUAUCAACUAACCCUAUCAACUAACCCUAUCAACUUACCCUAUCAACUAAACCUGUCACCUAAGUUGCCAUCAUGUAUUCCAUGACCUUGCAAUCAUUGCAAAAUAAAACAGGAAGAAAAGAAAGCAACUGUCUGACUCAUGAGUGGAGCCCAGCUCAUAACCUGGGUAGAUGAAAGAUCCUUUUUCAAGUGGGGAAACUGCACACAAACCCUCAAAAAUCAUCAAUGAUAUUCACGCGUCAUUGAAAGUGGGACAACACUUGACACUUGGGCUUAAAUCAGUCUAAGGCAUGGAAAGGUUCAUAUUUACCAGAAAAUUAAAAACAUUUUAAUUUAAAAAACAUCUUUAUCUUACCUCAAAGUCAUCUCGACGCUCAUCUAAAAAAUUUGUAUUGACACAAUGCUAAUGUGAACCGUUUCCACUAAGCAGUUACUAACUCACCUGUGUGAAAUACUUCCCACUGGGGUGCAGGACUUGUAUUGACAGAUCUAAGAUGAGACGCAGGAACUCCCAUGUAGAGUCUACGAAAGCAGACAGACAGGACCGGACAGAUGUUGAACAAUGCACUUAUGUAACACCGUGAUAGAUAGACUGAUAGAUGGAUGGAUAGAAACCUUCUUCUGGUGCGGUGGAUAUUGGGAUUGCAGUGAGGUCAUUAAUUACAUAAUCGAACGUCCUUCCUUCCUGGACGUACUUCUUCAGCAAGGGAACGCAGUCCUCAAUAAAUAUCUGUGAUCCAGGACAGAAGGAGAUUAUUCAACAUGCACGUUUAUCUAGCUCUUGCCUGAAAGGAGAAAAAAAUCUGUAAACAUCUGUCAUUGUCUGUUGUUCUAUAUGAUGUUAAAUUAUAUUUGAAACAUUUUGGUCUUCUACUCUCUCAUCUUACUUGCAGCUUUUUUGGGAAUAUUACAUACCCAAAAAAUGAAGAAAAACAACUCUAUACUAAAGCAAUGCAUAAUAAUCUCCACAUUUAUUCACUGACUUACUUUUUUCUCUCUAAUGCUUCUCUCAUUCUGUCCUAUAUAUAUGGUUUUAUCAUUCCUCUCAAUCAGAAAACUAGUGUUAACAGCCUCAGUAAAGAAACUCACUUGGUAACAGUCUCCCUUCAGGUUGUCAAGGAUGUUCCCGCAGGUUUUUCUCAUAUACAUUUUGCACCCGUCUAUCACCUUCUGGUCAAUGUAGAUGCUCAGUUAAGGAACGACCAAUCAAGUGCAGAUGUAGAAAUAAUAGUAAAACAGUGUGAAAAUGAACUGCAUUGCUUUAUGCUAGGAAAAAAAAACUAAGCUACAAUACAGCAGAACAGAACCCAUAAAGGAUAUCUCCACCAUGGUGAUCAUCUUUGGCUUUUGUUUGACCAACUCAGCAAGGAUGCCUCCAUCACCUCCUCCCAGUAUCAGCACCUCUUUUCCAGCGUAAUUCUCUUUUCCAUUUCCUGUGAUGGCUUGGGUGUAGGCAAAGUCACUCUCCGCCAGGUCUGCAAGGUAAAUGUACCGUUUACAGCAGGGGUGUCAAACUCAUUUUAGUUCAGGGGCCACAUUCAGCCCAGUAUGAUCUCAAAUGGGCCGGACCAGUUAAACUACAGCAUAAUAACCCCAAAUUUUUCCUUUGUUUUAGUGAACAAAAGGUACAUUCUGAAAAUGUUCACAUUAAAGGAAUUAUCUUUUUACAAAACAUUAUGAACAACCUGACAUUUCUUAGGAAAAAUUUGUUAAAUUUCAACAACAUUAUGCCUCAGUUUAUCAUUUAUACAUUACAAUGUACAGAUCAGAGAGUGUCCACAAAGGCACAAAACAUUUAGUCAUCUGGAACUGAAUGAUAAUAGUAUUAUACUUUAUGACUGUAAAUGACAAAAGUCAGACAAAAAAAACAACAAAAACGACAAAAUAUUACAAGAAUGAGACACAAAAUGACAAAAGAGACAAAUGACAUGAAACAAAACAAAAACAGACAAAAAAUUAGACAAAAAAGAUACAAAGUUACAAAAAAUGGACAAACAACACAAAUGAGACAAAAAGCGAAAAACAAAAUAACAAAAAAAUAGACAACACAAGUGAGACAAGAAAAACAAACUGACAAAAACAACACAAAACAAUGAAUGAAAAAUAAGACAAAAAGGAAACCCAAAACAAAAAACAAAACGAAAAAAACAUGAGACAAACAACAAAUAGAUGGAAAGAUAAAAGAUUAAAAAACAACAAAAACAAGACAAAAUAUUACAAAAAUGAGACAGAAUGACAAAAGAACAAUGAACAAUCUAGUAUUUUACUUUAUGAUCAAAACAACUUGUCAUGGUCUAGAAAUUAUUUAAAUUUACACUUUUACAAAUUUACAAUUUGCAGUUGAUGUCUUCUCUGUUAUUUUUUACACUUUACAAAGUCGACCCACGGUCCCGAUUGGACCUUCUGGCAGGCUGGCUUUGGUCCGCGGGCCGCAUGUUUGACACCCCUGGUUUAGACGCUAAAACAGCACUGAACCACUGAACUCAAUGAUGCAAGAAUAAUCUAGUACAUUAUGUUACACCUGUACACCAGAAAAACAAACAAACAAUAAUGACAUUUUCUUCCAUGCCAUGUACUGUCGUGUUGUAUACACUUACUAACAUCUCCAUCGAGCACGAGGAUGUUUCCAUACUGUUGUGAGUGCAAUAUUUUUAUGUUUUGGUAUGCAGAAUCUUCUUCGUACACCACCCGGUCAAUGUCAUACUCAAUCAGUCUGCCAUCAGCUGUGGGCCAGUAUCGAUCAACGUUUGCUCCUCGCACGAUGGCCGGUAACCUUCAAGGGAAAUGGAGGACAAUGCAGUUAAACAGUAUCACUGCAGCAUGCAAGGUGCGUAAAAUACUGCGAUUGCAUUUUCCAAAGCCAUGAACAUCCAGGUACGUACUUUUUAAUCCUUGUAAUAUUGCCAUUUAAGAGAACUUUUAGCUUCUUUUCCAGUGCAUUUAAAAGCUGUGGAGAAAGAACAGGGAUUAAAAACAUCGCAACAGCUCAAGAAGACAUAAAUCUUCCUCAUAUUGUGGGAUACUUCAUGGGGAAGCACUUGAAUACACUGCAGAACAUAAGAAGCAAACAGCGUCGCAGUUACGUUGUUUGACCGUGCAUGUAGGAACUGGAUGUUCUGGAGCAAUUAGCAGCAUGAAAGUGCAUGUUCUCCAGACAGGAUGCCAGGAGUCAGGCAGUAUUGGUCUGCAUUAUGUUGAUCAAAAGGCUAUUUAAAGGCACUGCAAAAUCAUAUUUGAUGUUUAGGUGUUUUAAUAUAUGUCAGUAUGUGGUCCAACAAUGUCGGGAGAUAACCUUGGUGGUAUUCUAGAGUCAUUUCAUGGAAAACUCAACCUGCAUGCUGUGGUGUGUAUUAAUUUUGGAUCCGGUGAUACGUUUUUUCAAAUGUUUUUAUCUCUUCUCCAUGACUAGAAAUUAUAGCCGUGGGCAAGCUACUGUGGUGGAAACUUGGACUCAAAACAUUACUCAGAGAAGAGGAAGUAUUAGGAUCUUUCGCUUAAUGAAAAAAGAUCUAAGUUGUCCUUAGAUGUCCUCCCCCUAAGGCUCUUUCUGUCAGUUAGAAUCCUCCAUCUAUGAUUACUGACGGUUUUGGGUUUCAAUUGAUGAUGAAGUAUGUGAUACUAUUCAUGUUUGAGAUAAGUAACUUUUAGAAACCAGAUGUUGUUUACAACUGCAAAUGACGAUGUCUCCAGGUCAGCCUGACCUGAUGGCCUGAACAAUGAAAAGGAGAGACUGUAUUUUCUGGAAAUGUAAUAAGAAGAGGUUGUUGGGGUUUUUUUUUUGUUUGUUUCUUAGGUCAUGACUGCAUUUUUGGUUAUGCCAACUCCCUCAAAAUUUCCCUUGUCCUCUUAAAAUGUUGGUUCAGAGUUUUAAGUGGGUUUGUAUGAGGUACUUAUCCAUACUCGGUACUACAUGUGUAAUAAUUGUAGUGCUUUGGAAAGGGUCAGCAGCAAAACAUAUUUCAUACAGCUGUCAGACUGACCUGUUCAAUGAAGAACUGAAGCCAGAUAUAUUGCUCUCUUCAAAGCCACCAGACUCCAGUGACAAAAAUAGUAAUUUUAACACAAGAAUUGCUGAUUCACCGCUGCCUCGAUUGGUCAGUUUGUUUGUGUUAUUGCAACACAUUAGUUCAGAACCAAAAACACCACAGCUGCACAAUAACAAACCUGUGCUCUGUGAAGGCAAAUUAUUAUUUUUGUCAACACGGUGGCUUUCAGCAGACCAAUAUAAUGUUCACUGGCCAUUAUCUACUGUAGGAAUACAUCGAUUAUGGAGAAGUACAUCAUACAACCUGUGGGAGAAAUAUCAUCAAGAGUAAAGCCAUUUAGGCCAUUUCAACCACAUGCUUACAUGCAUUUAAUAAGCAUGUAGAAAUAUAUAAUCACAUAUGCUAAAUGUAAUGACUGUAAAUACUCACAAGGUUCAAAAUCAUUACAUAUAAGGAAGUAGUCCCUAUCAGCUUUGAUGACACCGUUUUGUGAGCCCCACGUGUAUCAGUUUGCUGGCUCAGAAGAUACUGCAAGGACACAUUGUUCAGGGCACAAGACAGGCUGAGCAGAAAUGGUAUGAAGUUGUAAACAAAGCCUGCAAGGCUGCAAAACAACUCCCAAGCAUGAGGGAACAAUCAAGUGCUUCUUGGGAAUAUGGUGCCCGCAGGGAAGGGCAAAGGAUUAUACUUGUGGCCUUAAUCAGUUGCUGUCACGACCAUGUCAUUUUUUGUAUUUAGUGUAGUGUGCAAUGAGCCUGUUAGUUUUCUUCUCCUCAAAUGUGUUGGAAUAAUUUAGGAUAAUUUUGUGAGCAGUCGCCAGAGAAUAUUCCAUGACAAACCCCACUUCAAAAAAUUCAGACUAACAUUUUAACCCUUGAUAUAGAUGAGAUUGGAAUUGGCACAUUUAGAAAGCCAGAGAAAAGGCCGUUCUUAUUGCCAUUCUUCAUGCUGAACUGGUAGCUAACUUUCUUGGUUACAAAAAACCACUGACACAGUUUGAGCGACACAGAGGUAGAGAUGCUCUGCCGUGAUCGGUGAGACUACAGUAAACUGGGGGAUUGGUUAUUGAGGUAGGUUGGACCGAAAGCAGAACUGAUCCAAGCUAGUCCCAACUUUUCGUGAAGGCUUCUUGUUUUCACCAAAAACGUGAAUAAGCGGACGCAAACAGCAUCUUCAAUAAGGACAAGUUGUGCACAGAUGUUCAGCAUGUCCUUGCAAUAUUUUGUGGCACAAACUUUUAUGUCUCCGGGAAACCCUGUACAGGGUUGUUUAUAGUUUGGUCUGCUUUUGUGUAGGGCUAUUAAAUCUUUAUGACUGACUAUUGUUUUAUUAUCUCCCCUGACAUGCUUAAAAGUCGGCAGCUUCACAUGAAAUGCUGCCCCGGACACUCACUGUCUGUUUCAGCUUUUAGGCACAGGAUGAAGGGAAUUUGUAAUCACUUACAUUGUCAAGUUGUGCAAUGUUAUCCUCUUCAUAACAUUGCAGAUCAAUGGUCACCAACCCAUGGGAGUGCACACGCAGAAUGGCAACCCUGAGAAGCAAGAUAAACAUACGCAAAGCAACAGUGACAACAGCACUUCUGGUUUUUUUUGGUUUCUUGUUAGUUAAUAUGCAUGGUAGCAAAUUUUCACAGUAAAAAGCAUUUAUUACAUCACUGCUGGAUUAAAGUUUGCCUCUCUGCUGACCAUGUUUGUGUUCAGAAUGUGCAGUAAAUGUGUAUUUUUACUUUCAGCCUCUGUGUCACACUAUCAAAUCUACCCAAAUUCAUGCAGGCAAUAACUGAUAAAAAACAAACAAACAAAAAACUUUUUUAAAAAAACUACAUAGUCAAUUAUAGAUCUGGGGCUAAAGGCUAAAAGUAGCUCCAAACCGGCAGGAAAAGACAAGCUAUUUCAGAAGACCAAAAGGACAAAUUAGCAUUGCUUGUGCUAAUUCAUAAAAUAGUUUUACUAUUAUUAAUGAAGUUUACAUAGAACAUGGUAAAUUGAUUAUUCAUAUCCUUAUUUGCAUGAUCACUACAGUAUACAAGUUUCUAAUCAAAUAUCACAGCCAGAUCGUAUAUUAUUUCAUAAAUUUGAACUUAAUUGAUAACCUAGUGCAUAUGAGAACACAAUCCAAACUGUCAUUGGGAUGCUCUAUUAAUGUAUUUUUCCAAACGGCUUGUGUAUUUAGUCAAAUUACCUACAAGUUUUAACUGUUUAUGAUCUUACUGACUUAGGAGACUUAGGAUAACAAUGCGUUGUGAAUUACUCUCAGACCAAAAAAUUAGGUGACCAAAAGGUAUUUUAGGAGAUUAGGAUUGUUUGUCUAAAAACAAAAAUGACAAGAAAAAAAAAAACUUGCUCUUACCGGCCAUUCUUGCCAACAAAUGUAGCAAGGUAUCCAUGUCCAUUUGUGUCAUGAACAGUCUCUGUCAGCUCCUGCUCAUGAAAUAUGGACAUCAGACCAGAAACUGUCGAGGCGGAGUCAACUGGGAACACACAGAGGAUGGAACAACGAAAACACAAUUGUGAUCUCAGAGGUAGAAUGGACCCUGACAGUGUAAUAUAACUACAUUCAUUACUGUUGAGUUUGCAUUAUAGUAUUACAUAUGGAUGAACAUGUAAGCAGCUAUUUUAACUGUAUUAAUAGUCGGUUGUCUUAAUGUAAUGUGGGAUAUUUUAAUGAGUAAAACCUCAUCUAUUUUUAGCCAUCAACUAAAUGCAUUGGUGUAAAAACUAGUUACGUUUCAGAUUAAGAUUUAACAUAAAAAAAACAUGAUCAGUCUAUAAAAUGUAAUGCAUAGCUAUGUUUCAAAACUACCUAAAAGUUAAUGCCUUCAUUUUCGGCAACGAUUUUUACCUUGAAAAAAAAAAAAGUUGUAUCUUUAAAUGUAAUGUUGAAUAAAUCUACUAUCACUUAUCACUAGAUGUAACUGAAAAGCUGAUAUAUGUCCUUUUUUUAUUAACACAUCAUUAUGAAAUUAUACUAACAUUCAUUAUUCUAUCAUUACAUUGAUUAUCUUGACAUUUAAAGGUAAAAGCAUAGGUACUGCUUUUUGUAACCACAUAUUGGAAUAAGGAUGGUUGCAAAAGAGAUCAUCUCUAUGUGUAUUUGCAUAUUAUUGUCAGUUUAAAUAAGGUAAAAGCAGCCACAGGCGUUUUACACAAGCUUUAACAAGCACCAACAACUAUUUUUUGGCAGACAAUCACCUUUUGGCACCACACCUGGAACAUCAUCAGCUCCCUGUUCGCAUUUACAGUUCAACACAUAAAAAACUACAAAAAUGGCGGAAAAUGCGCCACUUCCAGUCCUGUCCGCUGGAUUGAACAUACUUUAUUCACAUUGUUAGCAGGAAAAGGUAUUGAGCCGCUGUCCACAGCAAUGGGACUGAACACAUCAUGUACAACAACACACGAGAGCACAAAUUACAUAAAAAAUAUUCACCGACAAUAACUUUAGGCUUUGAACUCCAAUUUGUCAAAUAUGUGUCCAUGUGCGUGCCAUUAUCAGCCAUGUUUCGAGCAACUCAAUGUAGUGUUUUGAAGGGCAGAUACAGACUAGCAGGUUGAUAUUAGCAGGCUAAGCAGCUAGCUAGCAUGCAGCCCUGGUGCAGUGACUGAAACUGCCAGAGCCGACUGACUUCACGGCGCCUUUCCUUACCUGCCGUAGAGAGGCUGAAGUCGAGGGUAUAAUGUCGCACUGCCAUGUCUCGCUGCAACCGUCAUCCAUGCCUGGAAUAGCAGGCUGCGAAUAUUUAUCUGCAGAGACAGAGGGAGGGCCCUGCUACCGCUGCCGCUACCACUACCCACUGCACUCACCGAGGGAGGCGGGGCUGCGGCGCUGCGAGCCCGGGGAGGACUGGCUGCGGGACGGCGGGGAGGAGGAGCCGGAGCACGUCACGUUCUGUCGAUGGGAAGUUUGCAACAUGUAUUUAUUAAUUUACGUUUAUUUAUUUAUUUAUUUAUUGCUUUUUGCAUGUGCAAAUUUUUUUUUAUUUUAUUUUAAUAGGGGUUGGCCAGGUGAGGUCACUCAAAUUUUGGGGAUGAAAUACCAAAACCAAAAGCCAAAGUUUUCGAAAAUAUUUAUUUAUCUUUUUAUUUAUUUAUUUUUAUUUAUGCACCUACUUUAUUUUAUUUUAUUUUGUUAAUUGCUGUAGGGGUUGGUCAGAUGAAGUAGAACCAGUUUCCAAAGUUUCCAAUAAUAUUAUUUAUUUAUCUGUGCAAAUGCAGAUUUUUUUAUUUUAUUUUAUUUUAUUUUAUUUUAAUAGGGGUCGGCCAGAUGAGGUCACUGAAAUUUUGGGGUGGAAUGCUAAAACCAAAAGCCAUUUCAUUUAUUUAUUUAUGCAUAUGUAUUUAUUUUAUUUCACCUAUUUUUAUGGCCAGAAGUGACAGAAUUCUUUGGGGUGGAAUGCCAAACCCAAAAGUCAAAGUUUCCAACAAUAUCUAUGUAUUUAUCUAUUCAUAUCUGCAUAUGGAUUUGAUUUGAUUUGAUUUGAUUUGAUUUGAUUUGAUUUGAUUUGAUUUGAUUUGAUUUGAUUUGAUUUGAUUUGAUUUGAUUUGAUUUGAUUUUAUUUGAUUUUAUUUUAUUUUAUUUUAUUUCAUUAUUUUAUUUUAUAGGGGUUGGCCAGAUGGGUUCACCAGAAUGUUUGGGAUGGAAUACUAAAGCCACAAGCCAGUUUCCAAUAUUCAUUCAUUCAUUCAUUUAUUCAUUUAUGCAUAUGCCUUUAUUUUAUUUUAUUUUAUUUUAUUUAUUUUUACAGCGGUUGGCCAGAUGAGGUCACUGACAUUUUUAGAGGGGAAUACCAAAGUAAAAAGUCAAAGUUUCCAACAAUAUUCAUUUGUUUACUCAUUUAUUUUAGAUUUGAUUAGAUUUGUGCAGUAUGACAUAGUUAACAUGCCAGAAUCAAAACAAAACAUAAACAAAAGUUGGAUUUCAUGAAGCAACAUGUACAACAAUCCAUAUUUAUCUCUUAUCUGCUUGCUUUUGGUUCACCCCAGCUCAGUCAAAGUGAAUGUUUUUUUUUUUUCAUGUGGUUGUUGGUUGGAGUUGAAUUACUAAUUGAUAGCUUUUCUGUUGCACAAACAAAUGCAUAACUUUGUAUUUUUACAUAGACACAAUACAGAAUCAGACAAGUAAAAUAAUGUGAUUUUAAUAAAAGAUUAUGAAGUUAAGCUUAAAUUUGGUAAACAAAUAAUAUACAUUUUUAACAGCCAUACAUCACAUGUGAUUUACAAAGUUGAAAAUACAACAAUUCUUUUCCUUUAUUGCUGUGACCAUUUAUGUAAUUUUAGAAUAUUUUAGGAAAAACACUCUAAAAACCUGUUAGCAAGUUUUGGGUUCCAUAAUUCAGCCGUAAUAACCCAGUUAUAAACUAGUUUGACACUCACAGGAGUAACGGUCCGUGUACGGAUCUGGUAAUUGGAUUUUCCGUUCUGAAGGGUAUUGAAAAACAAAAAACGAGUGGUUAUUUGAUUUUCGUUUUGAAAUACAAGAAUUAAAAUUGAAAUACAAGGCGUUUUUCCUUUUAAUGAUCAAAAAGGGAUAUACGAAAUUUUAAAAAUGCUUUGAUUUUCAUUUUAUAUUUAGAAUAACAAGAAAGUAAAAUCAGUAAGAGACAGAAACGAAAAAAGGUCCGUUUUUUCAUUUUCUGAGACCGGAAGUGGUCAUCAGCAAGCGUGGAGCCAAACGACAACAAGAUUCUCAGAGGGCGGAGCCAGAGAGCAGUGAUUGGUCAGACCAUAGAUAAUAUAGAAGACAGCGCGCUAGCGGAUCUAAUCUGUGUAUAUCUAUGGUCAGCACGUCUGGUAGCAUCUCUGGCUGCUGUUGAUCUUGUUUUUGGAGUAAAACACGGUGGAAGCUGAAUUAGUGAGGAUGACUCCUGCUCCUGUCAUCUCUAAGCUCCUCACACAUCUUUACCUGCACAUGAGGAAAAUCACUCCUGUAGAAUGCAGUGGUUCAUCAGAACCUCUGGGGAUGUCCUGUGGAUUCUGUGGGUCCUGUGGGUUGCAGGGUGGGUCCUACCUAGACCAGGCUGAUCCUGGACCAUCCCACAGAUGCUCAAUCAGAUCUGGAUGUGGGGAGUGUGGAACCCAGAUGUUCAGAGGGAGAUGAUGCCACAUCUGGUCCAGCUGAUGGAAGGUCUUGAAGUUCUCUGACUGGCCUCGACUGAAGAUGGUCGUCUCACUGGAUUUAAGGUUCAGAUGCUCAGUAACAAACUCCACCAAUGAGCCAACAGGGAAGCUUUAGGUUUAUUAAAUGUUGCUAUGAAGGUUUCGCUGUUUUUCUUUGUGAAUGCAAUGUGCUCCAACUGAAACUUGAAUUAGAACUUAGAAGUAAAUCCUUCCAUCUGAAAGGAUUUAGUUGCAUUAAUAACCUCAUAACAUUCUAAUUUUUAUUCCAGUCUUGGUUGAAAAUAGAAUCUCUGUAUUGAUUCAGGUAAAAACUGAACUUCACAGCAUGUUGAAGCAAAACAACCAGAUGAAAACUGUGAUGGUGUUGGAUUGUCAGACCGUAAUGUUGCAGCUCAAAGCAGCUUUUCUAGCUCAGUUCAUUCUGACAUUCAGCUAUGAAUCAACACAGCAGAUGGUGAUCCAUGCUGUGGAAGUCUCACAUCUCCUGAUUUAAUGGAGCUGCUUUGCACUUUUUACACUGUUUAUUCACCAACACUUUAUUUAAUAAAAGUCCCAUCUAGUUUUUAUGAGGAAUGUGAUGUUUUAAUUUCUCUGUGAAUAACUGCAGUCUAAUGCAACAGCUGGAGUUGUAACAUCUGUCCUGAUAUUGAUCAUGAAGUAUUGAUCAGAAUACUUAUGGUUAGCAGUCAUCCCUGAAGUUUUACAUUAAAAUCUUUACUUGUGUUGUGAACUUUGGUAAGAAGCAGAAACGUUAGCGUUGCCAUGGAUACAUGAGUGUUAAAUUCUGUCCAUGUUUCCAUUUUGGGAAAUGCAGUCCAGUUCCAGAAUGUGGAGGAAUUUAGUCUCACAAUCACAGACAACAAAUAUUAUCUGAAAGUCGGGUUAUUGUUGUUUAUCAGCACAAUACAAAAAGAUUAAUGUUAGAAAUAUUCCAGUUAAGACUCUAGAAUAUCAUGAUUUAUGUAAAUUUACCUCAAUAAUAUGAAUGUUCAGGUUAAGAUUGUACAGUGAUAUUUAUUAUGUAAGUUUAGCUGAUUAAAGUUUAUGACUCUGCACUAAAAUAUUAUUUAAAUUGACAUCAUUAUUAUAAUAUUUAGGGUCAGACCCUACAGUAUUGAGAUUAAGAAAUCAAAUAUUCUAUAAAAUGUAAAUACACUGAACUCAUUUGGAUAUAUUUAAGUGAGACUCUACAAUAUUAUUUGACACAAAUCUAUCUAAAUCAAAAUUUUAAUAAUUUUCACGCCAAACAUUUACUGGACUGAUUUAAACAUUAAAAUCACUCCUUUCUAAUCCUCUGCUGUACGUUCAAACCUGAGGCCUUAAAUAGAAACACACAAGUAUCUGAUUGAAGGAACUUCUGCAGAGUCCUGGUUCCAGAACAUGAUGAUAGAAUUAUAGACAAACUUUAACAAAAGCUGCCUGAGAGUUUACAGGUUUUUAUGUUGGAUUUCUUCAGUAAUUUAAUGAGAGUUAUCAGCAAAAAUCAAGUGUUCAUUUGAUGAACUUCAUUUCCUAAAACAUCCAGAAUUGGAGCUCAUAUCUUUGGCAGCUGUAAAGUUUCUGCUCCUUCAAAGUUCACAACACAAUGAAUGAAUUCCUAAAACACUCUCAAUGCUGGAGAGCGUUUGUGAUGCUGAAGCAGUGACCAGUUUUUCUGUUUCUUCUCUGGAGAUGCACAAUGAGGGACGUCUGCAGAGACUGAGAAAGAGUCUCACCACAUCCUGACAUGAGGAAAAAGACUUUAUUGAAGACUACAAUGAGAAAAACUAUCAGACAGCAGACGGCUGCAUUCAAGGUGAGCUCUGAACAUUUGAUCUGGAACAGGAAUUCAAUAACGGCAGCAUGAGCUUCAUUUCAGUCUGUAGCUGCUGAAUUCAUGGAUGAAUCAUCUGGCACUAGAGAAGAAGACCAUCAAACAUCCACGUCAGCUGAUGGAGGUCCAAGAGUCUCACCAAACAACCAACCUACAGAGUGAAGACCUCGAAUCUGAUUGGACGGCCUCCUAUUCAGCCACAUGUGUGAACAAAUGCCUCUAAGCUGAUUUGUUUUCUAAAAUAAAUCUAGUUUGAGUCCUAA